GAUCGUGGUUCGGGUUCACGCCAAGUUGGAAGCCUCGGCUCAGCUCUCUGUCUCUGGCUCGAUCAGUAUCCGUAUCACUAAUAAACCAGGUUUUGAAAAAACGGCUGAAGAAAGAUUUGUUAUACGAACUCGCCGCCAAACAAAAAUGGAAAACGAAGAUACCCGAGUCCGUGUCAUUAAUAUGGAGAAUCAAAUGGCACAAAUGAUGACAUUAUUGGCUGAUCUCUCUAGCCAAGUCAAAAACUUGACAUCUACUUCUUCUACCAUGAAUAUUCCUACCGCGCCCCCUGAAGUGCCGGUAGUAGAGCCCAUGGCAAAAGGGCCUGUGGAAGAGAUCCCCACUGCAAUCCCGAUAGUUAUCGGUCCAGAGCCCCCAUCUAAAGAGAUUCCAACUUCGCAUUUUGAUGAAGAGAAUGCAAGGCGCCUCGCCAAGAUCGAAGAACGCCUUUGCAUGCUGCAAGGCUAUCAGUUGCAGGGGCUUGAUAAACUGUCACCCUUUGCCAAAGUUACGGUCCCUGAAUUCUAUAAGGAGCCGGAGUUCACAAGGAAAUACGACGGCAUCGGAUGUCCUAAGACACAUUUGAAGUACUACUUGGGCAAGAUGGCCCGUUAUUCAGAUAAUCCCCCACUCUUGAUCAAUUCAUUUCAAGAUAGUCUGGUUGGUCUUGCGUUAACCUGGUUUAUAGAGUUGGACAUGGAGAAAGUCCGUACUUGGGAAGAUCUCGUUGAUGAAUUCCUUCAACAAUACAAAUUCAAUACUGAAAUUGCUCCCACUCGAGAGGAAUUGGUUCGGGUUGAGAAAAGAAGAACUGAAUCAUUUAGGGCCUACGCUCAAAGAUGGAGGGUCACUGCAUCUCAAGUAAAACCACCAUUAUCUGAGAAAGAGACCAUGAAAUUGCUACUUCAAGCUAUGCCCCAUGAUCUUUUUGAGAAGAUGUACAACCAUACUUGUAUGAACUUUGCUACAUUUGUAGAGUUGGGAGAACGCAUCGAGGGGAUCAUGCGGGAAGGAAGGUUGAUGGAGAACACAAACCGUCGAUAUACCCCGAAGAGAGAUAAGGAGUCGGCUGUGGAGAUCGCCUACAUACAAAAUUCCUCUUCUCAAAAGCCAUACAACCUUCAAGCUCAUAAACCUGCCAUGGAAGUAGGGGGUUCUUCAAGAAACUUCGAGCGCAAAGGAAAAGCCUCUCAAAGGCAAUUUACUCCAUUGCCUAGGCCCAUGUCACAAUUACUUCCAAUGCUAAUCGAAAAUCAUCUUGUGGCAAAAGAGAUUCCAAGGGAUAAUCCACCAAAGUUUGCCGGAUUCGACCUUAAUAAGACAUGUGAGUAUCAUAUGGGUGAAAAAGGUCAUCAUGUGGACAACUGUUUGAUGCUUCGUUAUAAGAUCCAGGAUUUGCUGGAUAAAAAGCUGCUCACCUUUAAGGACUCGGGACCGAAUGUCCAACAAAAUCCUCUUCCAAAGCAUUCUGAAGAUGUCAACAUGGUCGGUGCUAUCAAUGGAAAUGAAGAACCCAUAGUUCCCACUGUGUAAAAGAUGUUUUUAGUUCUUGCAUUCAAUUUUUAGUUGUAUUCCAUUCAUUUCUCCCCUGCGAGGGAAUUCGAUUCAUUUCUCCCCUGUGAGGGAUUUUCAUUCAUUUCUCCCCUGCGAGGGAAUUCCGUUCAUUUCAUUUGUUUGUACUUGU